AUUAUUUGUAACACGAUUUUCAAGAAUCUUAAGAUCUUCUUAAACAAUUGUCGUACGCGGCCUUAACUUAAACAGGUAGUAGUUAUUGUAGUUCUUUUUAACUUCCAGUUUAGUCACCCUGAAGAAGUAGAACCGUAAAGACCAUAUGCAAAAUUUGAAAAUGCUGUCAAUUCUACUGCGAUCGCUUUUUUUGACAGCCCUCUGACUCCGUCGCACAUACAUAGUUCAUUGAACUGAAACGUCCUCUAGUUUUAGUUCAAGCAACAGUCUCUGUCUCCCUCAGCCGCCCCCUUUUCCUUCCCGCAGCCUCUGCGCCUUUACAGCGUUGCCAUGUUAAUGCGAAACGACCCGGCUUAGGGGGUGGCAAUGUCGCGCGUUUAACCCUUAAGCGGUGGCAAGUUCCGCUUGUACAUAGAAGCCGCCGUUCUGCGUUUCGCAAAGAAAUUUUACAACUUGUUUGGCUAAGGGUGGGUCCUGCCUAUUGCUCAUUUUUGGUGUUUUUUCCAAGGGGUGCGAGUUGAUUUCUCGCAUAUCCUUAACCCUCCGGUUGCCGCAUUACAUAACUGGGCGGGGUACACAGUAAAGCACAGACACACAUACAAAUUGAGAGCGCUGUAACAGUUUGCCGAAAAGGAAACGGUUGAUUGGUGGGGUAGGGUGUGGGGAGGGGGUAGAGAGAGAGAGAGAGCAAGAGCGGCUAGAGCGCAAAGCCUGGCCAGAAGGUCCUGCGCUCGCCUCAGAAGCAUCCUGUGACUGUGACGCAGCGGAUCUGGUAUCGCUUUCGCUCUGUAACCUCUAGCAUAACAACUUUAAUAUAUAAAUUCAAAAGCAGUAUUGGAUAAUUUCAAUAAGCGUACCGCAGAACAAAAGCAAUAGAAAAGACGCAAAUCACCGACAGAGCAAAAGCAAAUCCCGUAAAGUUCAGUUCUUCUAGUGCCGAAGUGGACUUUAUGAUGGCAAAUACCGGAGCCGGUGGUGGAGUGGAAACACAGACGCAGCUUAUGCAGAGUGCAGCGGCCGCCGCUGCGGUGGCGGCAACAAAUGCGGCCGCCGCUCCCGUACAGAACGCGGCCGCCGUGGCCGCUGCCGCCCAACUGCAGCAGCAACAGGUGCAGCAGGCGAUCCUGCAGGUGCAGCAGCAGCAGACACAGCAGGCUGUGGCCGCGGCCGCUGCCGCCGUCACCCAGCAGCUUCAGCAGCAGCAGCAGGCCGUUGUGGCGCAACAGGCGGUGGUGCAGCAACAGCAACAGCAGCAGCAGGCGGCGGCGGUGGUCCAGCAGGCGGCUGUCCAACAGGCAGUCGUUCCUCAGCCGCAGCAGGCGCAGCCCAAUACCAACGGCAAUGCCGGAUCGGGUGCCCAAAAUGGCAGCAACGGCAGCACGGAGACGCGCACCAAUCUCAUUGUCAACUACUUGCCGCAAACAAUGACCGAGGACGAGAUCCGUUCGCUCUUCUCCAGCGUCGGCGAGAUUGAGUCGGUGAAGCUGAUACGCGACAAGUCGCAGGUCUACAUCGACCCCCUCAACCCGCAGGCGCCCAGCAAGGGCCAAAGCCUGGGCUACGGAUUCGUCAACUACGUCCGGCCGCAGGAUGCCGAGCAGGCUGUCAAUGUGCUGAACGGUCUGCGUCUGCAGAACAAGACCAUCAAGGUGUCGUUUGCCCGCCCUUCGUCGGAUGCCAUCAAGGGCGCCAAUCUGUAUGUGUCGGGGCUGCCGAAGACGAUGACCCAGCAGGAACUGGAGGCCAUCUUCGCCCCCUUCGGAGCCAUAAUUACGUCGCGCAUUCUGCAGAAUGCCGGCAACGAUACGCAGACCAAGGGCGUUGGCUUCAUACGAUUCGACAAGCGGGAGGAGGCCACCCGAGCCAUCAUCGCGCUAAACGGCACCACGCCAUCAAGCUGCACGGAUCCCAUUGUGGUGAAGUUCUCCAACACGCCUGGCAGCACCAGCAAGAUCAUCCAGCCACAGCUGCCCGCUUUCCUCAAUCCCCAGCUGGUGCGACGCAUCGGUGGCGCCAUGCACACACCCGUAAACAAGGGACUGGCCCGGUUUUCACCAAUGGCCGGCGACAUGCUGGACGUGAUGCUGCCCAAUGGACUGGGCGCAGCGGCGGCGGCGGCCACAACGUUGGCCAGCGGUCCAGGCGGUGCGUAUCCCAUUUUUAUCUACAAUCUGGCACCGGAAACGGAGGAGGCAGCGCUGUGGCAGCUAUUUGGUCCCUUUGGGGCUGUGCAAUCAGUGAAGAUCGUUAAGGAUCCCACAACGAACCAGUGCAAGGGCUAUGGCUUCGUCUCGAUGACCAACUACGAUGAGGCGGCCAUGGCCAUUCGGGCGCUCAACGGCUACACCAUGGGCAAUCGGGUGCUGCAGGUCAGCUUUAAGACCAACAAGGCCAAGUAGAGCGGGCCAAGUGGAAGUGGAUAACGAUACAGCAGCAUCCCCAAAACCAUUAUCCUGAAUCUAAACAUCCUGAAACACACACACCCACAAACCCACACACACACACACACACUCACACAACACACAUAUAUAAAUAUGCAUGGUAUAACGGUAACUAAGCGCAACAAAACAGUAUGUGUAAAACACACACGAAAAAAAAACACGAAAAACAAGAAAGUAACAGGCAGGAGAAAGUACUCUCUCUCUCUCCACACGACGACACAACGAAACGGCGAAACCCCAAACUCCCCCAAACUCCCCAAAAAACCAAAACCUUUUUAACUACAUAAAUAUCCUCCUCCAAUACCCCCAAAUUGCCGGCCUAAAGCGUUGCAAUAGCAAAAUUCUUCUUGUUUAGCAUUUAAGUAACAAAUCGUUAACUGAACGAAACAAACAAAAGAAAGGAGCUGCCUGGAGUUGAAACAGAAAAAAAGAGAGCAAAGCAAAAAAGCAAAAAAGCAGGGGGAGUGAGAAUGAACAAUGAGAUUAUAAAGAAAAAUUGCAAUAUGAACAACACACUCUGGCAGCUGUGGAAAGGUCAAAGGUUGCCGCAGUCAAAUUAGUCGCAAAGCAAAACAAAGAAAUCAACCAAACACACAUACACACAAAAAACUAAGACAAAUUUAACUUAACUAGCAAAAAAGAAAAUGAGAAAUUUUAAAAAUUUAUUAACUUUAAGUAAAACGCAGCAAUGAAAUCUUCCAAACAAAUGAAAACAAAAAAGAAAUCUGUUAGUUACACUCCAAACUUUUCUACCAUAAAAACUUUGAAACUUAAUACAAAAAAAAAAAAAGGAAACAAAACAGAAUUAAGAAAUUAGAGAAGUUCAGUGUCUAGGAUUUAUAAAUGGUGGUUAUAGGACAUCAGUUUGGCUUGAUCGAUGAGGGCGGGGCAAAAAGUAUUCGAGGGGCGAUCGAGAGGAUCGCGCGCAUAUAAUAGAUAUAUACAUAACAUGGAGGCUGCUACAGUAUUACAAGAAACAUAAAAACAAAAGCUACAUACUUAACAAACAAAUGGCGAACAGAGCACGUUUAAUAAUUCUAAAUAUAUAUCCAUAUGUAUAUGCGAUAUUUCUAUAUCUACCUAGAUAUACACUUAAAUAUAGAAGUUUAACGAAUUUUUUUAUGUUUUGUGUUUGUUUUCUACACUUAGAGAACGAAACCCGAUUGGAGCAAGCCAAACUCAUAUCCUGUUAGCACAACCAAACACAGUGAAAACUGAAAAAUAUAUAGAAAACAUAUAGCAUGAUCAAGCGAAAGUUAGCGAACGGAAAACAAAAGUAAUACAAUAAUUUAUGCGCAAACAUGAAACGUUUUACUAAAGUAAAUAAUUGUUAGUGAAUAUUAAUACUGUAAUUGUGCGCGUGUGCACCUGUGUUGCAGGUAUGUAGUCCACUACAUACAGGCACAUGCUGGCGUAGGCACACCUUAUAUACUUUAUAUAUUGUAUAGUUCAAGGAGCAAGUUAGCAUAAACAAAAAUAUUAACAAAAUACUUGCUAAACCAAAACAUUUUUAGCGUUUAAACAAAGCGUAGCACAAACAAUUUACUAAAAACAAAAAAGUACAGCAGCAACACAACCAUUUUUUAUAUGAGAACAGUUUAAAACAAAGUAAAAACGAAAAAAAAAAAAAAAAGCAAUGGAAAAAAAUGAAUUGAGGGUGUAAAAAAAGCAUUAGCAAACCGAUUUCUCUAGCCAAUUAAGUGAACAGAGAAUGAAGGGAAGGGAUAAAUAUAGACGAGGAUACCUCCCAGCACAUCCAACAUUUAUAAUAUCCCAUAAACCCCAUGUCCAAACCUAAAACUUUUGUGCAAUUUUUGCGUUACUUUAUGAGUUGAACUUCUGUACAUUUUUCUUUUUUUUUUUUGUAUCUUUUUGAUUGUUAUAGCGAGAGAUUGAGACACACACCGAACACACAUAAAUAUCUACAUAUAUAAUUUCGAUUCUGGAUUCUAUAUAUUCCGUAUUUAAAUUAAGUUUUGUUUGAUUUCUUUGUUUGCUUUGUAUACGAAUUAAAAUUGAUAAUAGGCUCCUGCAUCCAGUCCAUAAAACCAGUCAGACCCAACCAUGCAUAUUUAUACGAAUGAUUUGUGUUUGAUUUGUUUAUAAAGUUAACCUAAGAUGACACAACCCCAACCGAUUUUGAGUUCUCUCUCUCCAAAUAGCAUAAAUUCUAAACCUAAGAUUCAACAAGCAUUGAACAGAAGCCCAAAAGCGAAAUAGAAGUGGAAUUAACUUUGAUUAUUAUUACGAUACCUAGCGCUAUGUGUAAUCAGAUAUAUAUAUAUAUAUAUCUCCCUAACUAUAAUUAUUUUUUGUAUAACUAUAGGCCAACAAAGAAAUAUUUUUUUUUGUUUGAACAAAAUUCGCAACAAAAAAUCUAGUCAGAAGAUGGAUAAGAAGAAGAUUACGAUGAAAAGGAGCAAGAACUUUCGAGGCAGCCGCAUAUAGGGAAGAAUGGUAGAUCAAACCAAAAGAACUAUGGCAAUUCCUAGCUAAUGAAACAAUUGAUUGAAGCGGCCUGCUCUCCCCUUUCCAAAGAUUUAGCCCCUCGAAACCCUCAAAAAAAGAAGGGAGCAAAGAGAAGGGCAAGCAUCAAGUCUGAAUGGGGAAUCCCCAAUUUUGACUUGCUGCUUCUCCGGAUAUAUUUGCAAUACAUUUUAUACAAUCUGCUAGUUUAUUUAUACACCCAAAUAAGAACACACACACUGUAGGACAGGACAACAGGGAGAAAAUCCUGUGGAAGCGAAGAUUAUGUACUUGAUUUUGUUUAAUUUGUAUUUCUGUCAUCACAUACUCUCACACACAACACACACACAUAUAUAUGUAUAUUCAAUAUUUAAUUUAAUUAACUAAUCCUUUACUAUAUAUACUUAUAUUUUUUGUCAUCAAUGAUCUAAUUAAUUGUAUUAAUUCUAAUUCUUGUGCAAUAGUUUUAAAAUGCAACUAACGGCAAAACAACAGUAACAAAUUUUCAUGCAUCUCAAACUAUAAAUUACAAAUUAUAAUUUUAUUAAGAGAAGAAAAUGAGAAGCGAAAAAUGGAAUCUAUUACGAAUAUGUAACUUAAAACUAUCAUUAUUCUAUAUACCGCAAAACGAAAAACAAAAGCAAGCCACAGCAAACUACAAAAAAAUUUAACAAAAUAUACAACAAUUAUUUUUUAAGCGAAUUUGAUAUGUAUUUCGCGUACAUAUAUUUAUAUCUCAUCAUUUUUCUUUACAUAUUUAGUUAAGUAAGCAAAGAACCAAGAAAACAAACGGAAACGAAACAAAAACAUUAUUUAUUGUAUUUUUAUAAUUACGUAAUUUAAUUUAAUUCAAUUUGAAUUCAAUAUUCCUUUGAUUUUGAGCAAAGCGAAGAUGAACAAGAUGAUUAAGAUGAAGAAUUAGUCUAAUUAUACACACAACACAUGAACAGAGAAAGAGAGAGAAUAAGCGGCUAUAUAAUAUUGGAAAUAUAUAACUUCAAAUCUCUCAAUCUCCUCCCAAUCUCCCCUUUUCUCAAUAUCUCUCUCUUUACCCCAAUGUUUGGUUUAAUUUUAAUUUUGUAUCUUGUAUUUUAUUUCGUUUACCAACUAUUUUGAUUUCGUUUCAGCAAAAACCUUUUUUGUUUCAGUUUAAGUUAUAAUUUAUGAUUUUAUGCAAUACUCAUUUGAUUUGUCACAGCUACGAGAACACAACACAUCAGUUUUAGUUAAUAUCUCUAGCUAUAUAAUAUCUGUGUGUAUGUUACCAUGUAAACCCACGUUAGCUGAGAGAUUCCUGUGAAUCCUAUCGAAUGAUUAUGAUUACGUUUAUUUAAUAUGGUUUAUUUCCUUUCUUUGAUUUUGUGAAUUUUGCUUUUUGAUCUAAUUAUGCAACGAAUUAUGUUUGACAAUUACGAUCCAUUCAAAAAUUUAUGUUUACUCUUAUGAUUUCAUUUGAUUUUCGCACCAAACAAGUAAAAAAAAAACGAAAAAAAAUUUACUUUCAAUAAAAAAACACUUGAAGAAAAUUUUAACAUCAUUUUUAUUUAUUUGUUAAUUUUUGGUUUUGUUUGUUUUUUUAACUGUAUGAUUUUUCUACCUUGAACUAUUUGUUUUCCCAACUCUGAAUCCCCAGGAUUUACUUCUCUCUCUCUCUCUCUCUCUCUAUCUCUCUUUUAAACACUUAAAAAAAAACCAGACGGUCACUCAAAUAUAAAGGAAUCGAUCUAGUCAAGGCUCAUCUAUAAAGAGAUGCCAUCGGAAUCCGUUGAUCUCAGCAGAAAAGACAUUCCCGACCGUCCCAGUUUUGGUUUAGUCCUCGUAACCCUAAGAUCUAAAUGGGAUCCACCCCGUAAAAAAAAAAAACAACCCAAAGACAUGCAUUCCAGUUUUUGUUGCUCGGUUUAGAGACUCUGCCAGUUGCGAUAUUAUUUGUGUGCAAACGAGAAUACUUUUAAUUUUGUAAUGCCAUUAUGUUUAGCGCUUAUGAUUAAUGAAUCUCUUAGUUUAGUUUAUCGGAGAAAGUACAGUCACCACUCUCUCAAUUUACAUAAAUUUGGGGACAUGUCGCGACAUGUUCUGUGUAUAAUUUUGAACCUGUAUCCUUGUAUUGCUUAAUUGUGUAAUUUUUGUAAUUUUUAGAGCAAAGUUUAUCUAUCAUUUCGAUGGGCAGAGAACAGGAACUGCUUAGCGAUAGCUAUAACGAUUACACAAAUAAUACCGUAAAUAAUCAUUGACAACAACAACAACAACAAGGAUAUAUAUACCUUUCUAUAUAUAUUAUUAUAAUUAAAAUGAUGCAGACGACGACGACGAC